AUAUAUCUAUAUCUAAAACAUAUAUUUGAUGUAUAUUUAGGAGAUCUGGAAAGACUUCGCAGAUUCUGGUUUCAGGGCGCCUGUAAAUCACAGAAAAAUAAACGUAAUAUCAGUAAACCAUUGGAUGUCAACCAAUUUAUGAGCGCUUUCCUACUCCUCGGCUGUGGUAUACUAUUAACGGUAGUGUUGUUAGCGUUAGAGCACUUGUACUUCAGGUACUGCCGCCAGCAUUUGGCCAGAACUGACAGGGAUGGCUGCUUCACGCUUGUCAGCUUGAGUAUGGCCCGUUCACUCAAGUUUCACGACAAUGACGGUCGAUACGGUCGGUACCGCCACUGCUCUGACCCAAUCUGUGACACCAAACGCCGACAAACGUUACAAGAAUUGGAUUUAACAAAAUCCAAGUUAAGACAACUUCAAAGUGUGCAAACUUUUACGACCGAAAUGGAGGCCAAACAUAAUAAGCCACAGUAUUUACACAGCAAUUGUGUGCCAAACGAGUCGUACUCUAAGGCCAGAGAUAUGACCAGAAAUAUGUUGACGACUAACGACCCGAUGAUUAUCGCGCCGCACAACAAGAAGCUCUCAAAAUCGGCCGCUAUUUCAGAGUUUGAGACCGUAUUG